GCGAGAGUCCCCUUCUGACGUUUUCAAUGGUGGUAGUCUCCUUUGGUUCUCGCGAUAUUCCUGGGUACACGGGAGCCCGGGCGACCCGGGCUUCUGUGAAACAUGGCGGUCGGCUGGGACAGUAACAGAAGCAUAACUAUAUGAAGGAAGAAGAGGAGGGUUUUCCUGAAGAUGAGGCGACUGAAUCGGAAAAAAACCUUAAAUUUGGUGAAAGAGUUGGAUGCCUUUCCAAAGGUUCCUGAGAGCUAUGUGGAGACUUCAGCCAGUGGUGGGACAGUUUCUCUAAUAGCGUUUACCACUAUGGCUUUAUUAACCAUAAUGGAAUUUUCAGUGUAUCAAGAUACAUGGAUGAAGUAUGAAUAUGAAGUAGACAAGGAUUUUUCUAGCAAAUUGAGAAUCAAUAUAGAUAUUACUGUUGCCAUGAAGUGUCAGUAUGUUGGAGCAGAUGUAUUGGAUUUAGCAGAAACAAUGGUUGCAUCUGCAGAUGGUCUAGUUUAUGAACCAGCAAUAUUUGAUCUUUCACCACAGCAAAAAGAGUGGCAGAGGAUGCUGCAGCUUAUACAGAGUAGGCUGCAGGAAGAACAUUCGCUUCAAGAUGUGAUAUUUAAAAGUGCUAUUAAAAGUGCAUCAACUGCACUUCCCCCCAGGGAAGAUGAUUCAUCCCAGCCUCCAGAUGCUUGCAGAAUUCGAGGUCAUCUAUAUGUCAAUAAAGUAGCAGGGAAUUUUCACAUAACUGUGGGCAAGGCAAUUCCACAUCCGCGAGGCCAUGCACAUUUGGCAGCACUUGUCAACCAUGACUCUUACAACUUUUCUCAUAGAAUAGAUCAUUUGUCUUUUGGAGAGCUUGUUCCAGGAAUUAUUAACCCUUUAGAUGGAACUGAAAAAAUCGCUGUAGAUCACAACCAGAUGUUCCAGUAUUUUAUUACAGUUGUGCCAACAAAACUACAUACGUAUAAAAUUUCAGCAGACACUCAUCAGUUUUCUGUGACAGAAAGGGAGCGUGUCAUUAACCAUGCUGCAGGCAGCCAUGGAGUCUCUGGGAUAUUUAUGAAAUAUGAUCUCAGUUCUCUUAUGGUGACAGUUACUGAGGAGCAUAUGCCAUUCUGGCAGUUCUUUGUAAGACUCUGUGGUAUUGUUGGAGGAAUCUUUUCAACAACAGGCAUGUUACAUGGAAUUGGAAAAUUUAUAGUUGAAAUAAUUUGCUGUCGUUUCAGACUUGGAGCCUACAAACCUGUCAAUUCUAUCCCCUUUGAGGAUGGCCACACAGACAACCACUUACCUCUUUUAGAAAAUAAUACACAUUAGCACCUUCUGAGCAAAGGAGAAAAAACUUUUUGCCUGAGACCGAAUACCUUUUUUAAUAGUAAAAUAUUGUGCAAUAUAUUCAAAGAAAAGAAAAUCUGAAUGAGAUGCAGGAAACAUACCUAUGGAAAAAAAAAAGAAACCCCAAACUGAAAAUCUGUAUAUGUUCUGUCUGUUACAAACGUCCUAGAAGAAAUUAUGCCACUAAUCAGUGAUUAAGCCCAGCUGGAGUAUUGCCCUGAAGAUGACCCCUUCUGAGACUUUCACAGCAGUGGGGCAGGAUCAAAAUCAGACCUUGCUUCUUGGUGACAAAAAGCCUGAAGGAAAGACUUCAGACACCUCUAAAGAAAAAGGCAUUGAUAAGUGCAAAUGUUUACGCCCUUUUGUUUUUAAAAGAUAUGAUGUCAGAAUAAAAUAUGGAAAACAUGGAAAACUAGUCUAUACUUUAAAAACUUGUGAUCAGGUCACACUAUUAAUAAAGGAAAACAGGGACUAGUCCCUAUGUUAUAGCCAUAUUAAUGUUAAGCCAUAUCGACAAGACCAUUUAUCCAAUAAUUUGGUCUUAUGAAGGUAACUGCUUUUCUCUGAACUCUGGUUAUUGACAUUUCUAACUCUUCAGAGUCUUAGAAGACUAAAGUAAAUUCUACAGGGGCAGAUACAUAGGUACAGUGAUACGUAACAAGUAUCAUUGACAGAUUUUAUAGUAGGAGUUUAUACGUGGAGAAGAAAGCACAUGUUUUUAGAAGAUGUGAAGCUUCCUAAUUUGAUCAUUUUAGUAUUGGUAAGCUUCGGGGGGUAAUAUAAAAAUUCACUUCUGAUGUUGGAAGUUACUGGUUUGUCAAAUAUUAAGAGAAAAAGGAGGCAUGUAUAGAAUAUUUUAUACAUGUUACAGUGAGUGCAGAAUGGGGUAAAAUAGAAGAAUGAGGGAGAUAUUUAAGUAAGGCAACACAAUGUCAGACCUGAGAGACACUGUCAAUGUCCAUGAAACUGUAAAACUAGAUUACAGAAGUAUCUGCAUUCAGGAUACCCUGAAUGUGACUGGUUCUGUAGUAGAGUGUAUUCUUCUAGCUUUCUUACUAUUUAUUUAAGGGUCGAUUUUAAAUUCCAGAAUAUGAGAGAUUGAAAAUAAUGAGAGGUCGCUAUCACUCAGGUGCCAUUAAAAACUAUAUUUGGAGUGUGUGUGCCAACAUCACUUUUUGUAAUACUUAGAAGAGUCGUCAGUUAGUCCCCAUAAAUUUAAAUCAUUUAGGCAAACGGGGAAACAGAGUCCCAGGUAAAUAAUAAGGUCAAGACUUUAAAAGAUUAGAUCUAAAUCCUGGCUUUUAAAGAAUGAGAUGUCGUAUGUUAUAAUUUUUUUUUAAGAUUGAAAAAAAAAAUUCCUAAAAAGCAGUUAGGACAGACUUAGUAUCAUGAAGAGAAGGGAGGAUAAUGACAAAACUACUUUGCAGUAAAGUUUAUAUUGUAUGAUAUUUUGCAGAAGAUAACAGAAGCAUUUUUGUUUAAAAUAUACCACUUAUUAUUAAGAGUCAUGAAGUUAACUGAUUAAUAUAGAUGACAUAACAAACCUUGAAAGGUUUUUGAAUAACAAACAAAAACAAAAAAUAAAUGUGCUUUAUCUGGGCUUUUUUUUUUUUUCUUCAGCUGUUAUUUUCGGUAAACUUGGUCUAGGAAAGAAUAGAACAGCUCUCAAAAGAAAUUUUAAUUGACAAGAAUUAGAAUUUUAGCAAACUGAGACUGAAUGUUGGUUCUCAGAAUCUGUAUGUCAGAAAAUUUAACCAAGUUUUAGUUUUGUUUUUAGUGGGGAAAAAACGAUUUUCUUUCAGUUAGUAUUAUAACAGCUAAGUUCUUUAAAAAGAAUUGUUAAAAUUGUUUUGGUACUUAAAUAUUUUUUUUACAUGUUUUCCAAAUACCAUAUUAAAAUUUUAAUGGAAUUAUCCUCUCCCAGUAAGAUUGACUAUAAAUUUUUAAAGAUCAAAAUCCUGUUUUGCCAUUGAUUUCCAUUAAAAGUUAAGAAAAGUUUCCAUGUGAUACUCUUCAAAUAGGAUCAGAUUUUUGGCCGUGAAAGUACUAAGAUCCUGGCCAGCCUGGCAAGUGAUGAAGUAUAUCUGCAUGUUAGGAUCUUUUGGGAGGUUUUGACCUCACCAGGUGUUUCUUUUCCUUUGAUGAGAGCGCUGUACGUCUGACCUAGCUUUUGUAGAACUUUGCCCUGGGCCUGGGAAGUCUCCAGCCAUAAUAUCCAGCUUUAUUACUCAACGCUCCUUUUCUUUUCUUUAGUGUAUUUAUGAUAUCUUUAUGAAUGUACUGCAGCCAAAAUGUCAGACCUCAAAUUAUGUGAAAUGGAUUUUUUUUUUUUAAUCAUUGCCUACAUUGGCCUAUAAAAAAAUUAAACAUUUAGGUGACUAUUUCCUAUAGUGUUUGUGUAUUUCAGACUACCUCUUUGGAAAAGCUUAACUCAGAGUAAGUAGUUGUCACAAUUAAAAAAUUACUUCUAAUUUUCAGCUUACAUAAUUAUUAUCACACUUUUUUCAUAAACAUUUUAUGAUAGCACCCAAUUUUUAUAAAAAUAACUAGUGCAAACAAAGUUUGCAAUCUUUAAUAUAAACUUUGGGAUUCAGAAAGGAAUGACUAAGAUUUCACUUUUUAAUGGUAUAGGUAGGGAUAUAUUAUGCAUUGCCUUUUUAUAUCUUGGGUUGGUGAUUGAAAUAUAAAAUAAAUUUAUAUGCAAUUCUUGUACUUUAAGAGUUUACACUUGAGUUCAAGAUGCAUAUUUUUGGUUAUUUAAAAAUUACUUAAAUCUGGGCCUUAGGACAUUUAAAAUCACAGAAUGCUCUUUAGUAUGUAAGCUCUUUUUGUUUUCAGCUCUAGCAAACAUUCAGUAAACCAAGUUGAGUAACCCUUUAUUCAACAUUGUCAAAAUAGAUCACUGUUUCUUCACUAUUUUAUGGUGUAAUUCCUGGAUGAAUCCCCAAGUAUUAAAAAAAAAAAAAAAUUACUGAUGAUAUAAUCAAUGUAUAAUUUCUUCCCCCCCUUUCUGAAGUAUUUCUUUAGUAAUGAAGUCAUUUGCAUCAAUUUAGAAACAGACUCAGCAACUGGUUACUUUCAUUUUUAUGUUCAUCCUGGGAUAUCACACUAUUUGGAUGUUGGUCCCUUCAUACUAGACAAAUCUUUUUACCUUGAGAUUCUAAAUGAGUUGUUUGAAUGAGGUGUAACUGGAGGAGGUAAUGUUCAGUGAGUGUAAAAUUGUGAAAAAUAUUUUUUCUGAGUUAUGUGUCUAUCUACCUCAACCUUUUCUAGUAUUAAUGGCCUCAGGCACUGACAGUCUUCAACUCUGUUUGAUACUGCCUCAGGUAUCCUAUGUGUGGAGAAUAUGGGAAUUACCAAAAUUUCUUUUAAAAUAUAGGGACCUUUGGUUUGUUCGGAGCCCUGGUGCUGCAGUGGUUAAGAGAUCAGCUGCUAACUAGAGUCGGCAGUUCAAAUCCACCAGCCACUCCUUGGAAACUCUGUGGGGGAGUUCUGCUCUGUCUUACAGGGUCGUUAUGAGUUGCAAUUGACUCGACGGCAGUGGUUUUUUUUCGUUUGUCCUUUCCAUCCUCUUACUUCCAAAAGUAGAAGGUUCUUUCCCAUUACUCUGUAUAUAUUAGGCACUUACGUAAUUGUUAAUUGAUAUUGAUGUGAAAUAAUUGUAUAAUAGGCAUUUUCUUACAGAUACCUAUUUUAACUGAUCCUCAACAAGAGAACUUCAUUUGUAUCAUUUAUCUGAUGUCACAGAUAGAACAUGCUUCAGCAUGUAAAUCUAACCCUAUUAAUGGUGUCAGAAUAAGUGAAGCAAUUAUGUACCUAUGUGUUAGACUUAUAUUCAUCUAAUAGUUAUUAUUCCUGUGUUUUGAUUUGGUUGAAAGCAUUCUUUGGAAGAUUGUUUCCUUUCCUCCUGGGGUGUAGGAGUGGACAGGGGGGAAUUGGUUGCAUAAUUAGCAGUUAAACAGAGACACUACACUAGCAAGGGUACAUUUUUUUUUAACUCAAAUUUUUUAUUUAAUGAAAAGUCAAAAUGAGAAUACUUGAUCAAUGAAGUUAUUGAAUUGCUGAAACACAUAAUAAUCAAAAGAUAGUGAGUUAUUAAAGCUAUUAUGUCUUAACUAUUAUGUCUAAUUCCAGUGAACUACAUUUUGAUUUCAUACUUUUAUCCUGGUUGCCAUGAGUCAGAAUCUACUCGAUGGCAACUAACAACAAUAAUAGUUUUUAUCUUAAUUGAUGUGACUCAAAGUAUGGGGUAGCCAUCUGAACUAAAGAUCACAGGAUGCUUUGUUUUAGAGCAGAGUUGUCUACCCUGGAAAGUAGUUCUAGAACUUAGAUGACAUUGGGAAAGACAUGGAUGAGUCCAGAGAAAUUGCCUCAAAAUGUCCUUUGUGGAGCUCAGCAAAACCUCAGUCUUGGGCUAGAUACUGCCCUUGAGACCUUGGACACUUCAACUACCUAAAAGUGUCUUUCUGAGUACCAACUACCAGUUAUUCCAAAAAGUGAGCAGAUAUAUGACUGCUGUUCUUUGGUAACAUUUUAUGCCUGUGUAAUUUUCUAGUAGUGGUGUGGUAUUGUCUAAUAGUUGCUUAGAUCCCACACAUUGUAUUUGAAUAACAUCCCAUGUUUUCAAUAUGAAGAAUGCUGCAAGCCUGCAUGCACUCAUCUUUCAACUAUGAGUAAAGUUGGGAUAACAGUUAUAUAAAUAGUAUAUUAUGAGUUUGAGACUAUAUAUAGUUUUUGCAAAUUAAUUUGUUUAGAUAAUACAUAAAAUAUGUUUUAAAUAAAAAACAAAACAACUGUCCUCUAAACUUGCAAUCACUUAGCGAAGUCUACCCUCUUUUCUGCCAUACAUUAUACAGUUAACAAGGUGCAGUUGGAAUGAUUAAGAUGGUAACUAGUAAUUUCUCCAGUGAUCAUAGAAGUUAUCUGCCCCAUUUUUAGAAAAAAAGAAAAGUUUAAAAUUUUAUUUGAAAUUCUUUCUUUAAUGGCAAAGAUCAGGGGAGUAGGUUUUUAUGUGAUUCUAGCUUAGGACACCUAACCCCACAUUCACCUUGCUAAAUGAGGCAUAGGUGAAAUAAGCUUGAUUAUCAAGGGUUUGGGGACUUCAAUGAAUCCGAAGGAAACUCGCAUGAGAAGGUUAUCAAUAGCUGGUGAUUAAAAGAUGUAGAAAUAAUAGUUGUCAAGCUCAAAAUAUGAGAUAAUAGAUUUUUGCUUAAAAGAGUAAUAGAGUCCCAGAUGCAAAUAUACUUGAGCCCUUGUUCUAUACAUAACUAUUUACACCUCUUGUUCCUUUUUAGGUUUAAGAAGUGGGUAUAGUUGAGAAACGGCUCUUGGGUGGUGCAAAUGGUUUGCUCUGGGCUAUUAACUGGAAGGUUGGCAGUUUGAAUCCACCCAGUGGUGCCAUGGAAGAAAGGCCUGGCGAUCUGUUUCAGUAAGACUACAGCCAAAACCCCUUGGAGUACGGUUCUACUCUAAAGCACAUGGAGUCGCAAUGAGUAGGAAUUGACUUCAUGGCAAUUUGUUUUAUAGUUGAGAAAAAUGUUAAAUGUGAACCCAUUUUUCUGAUUCUCCCACCUCUAAACCAGGAUUCCAGGUAUAACAUGGAAAGGAAGGAGAGACUUUUCAGUGGGGAAUUAUUUCUCUUACAGCAUUUUUGAGGAAGUUGAGACCAUUCUUCCUUUAUUCAUCUUGAUUUUAAACCUUUCUACUGUGUAUCCCAGAACAUUUCUAAGGUCAGUACUGCUUUCUUUCACAUUUUUCAGCUUCUAUGAUGUGUUUUUCCGUGUUUACUGGGUUGAGUUAAUUCUUUCUAGGAGAAAAGAAAGGCUAAAUACAGAAAGGUCAGGGUACUUUGGUAUUUUAUAUGCAAGAACAUAGAAUGUUAGGAAACAAUCAGGAAAUAUUUUUUUUAAAAAAAUAUGUAUGAUUAUAGGUUAGGAUAUGACUUUCCCUCUCUCACUGAAGUGAGAAGAAUGUAUAGGUAAGACCCAUGGGUGAAUACAUGUCAGCACAUUUGACAGGUAGUAAGUUGGGGCAUGUUUCUUGUUACUUCCUAAUCUUGAGAACCACAUUUUGCUGUUUUAGAGGUAUCUGAGAGGUUCCAGGUAAAAGGUGAUUGCUGAAUGUUCUUAGGCCUUGAGUGUGCUGGAUGCCCUAAAGUAGGAUAGGAAUUUAUAACAGAAGCUCACAAUGAAGAACCAGACAUUCCGAGCCAUCUGAGAUCUUGCAACGAGAAGGCGCCAGACGAUGAGGAAGAGGGCGGUAUUAAAGAGGUAGCGAAUAUUUCGGAGCCUGGGGGACAGAUAUACAUAAUCGGUGUUAAAACAGCACCAAACACUCAACCAUGUUUUCCGAAGCAUAAAUGUGUCCCUCUUGGCUAUGACCAGCAAAUAGUUAUUAAGUGCUCACAGAUUUUUUUUUUUUCACAGAUAGGUGGUAUGACUGAUAGCCCAGUGAUGGUAUUUUCUUGGUUUUUAUCUUUUAUUUGCACACCAUUCUUGCUGAAUAAUUAGAUUUCCACAGCAUUCCCUCAACUAGUUCCUCUUUCUCAUACCACAAACAUGUUCAGCAUAAUCUUUCUUAAAUGUACUUUGAUCGUAUUAUCAUAUCACAAAUUUUCACUGGUUCUUUUUCAUUAAAAGGUAAGUCUGUAGCUUAUUACUGAAGGUUCUACCCUAUCAAUUUGCAAUCUAAAUUUUCAUCUUAUAUUCUAGGUAAUACAAAUCCUUCGCUUCUGCCAGAAAUACAUCACGCUGGUAUAAUUCUUUUUCCCUCAGAGAUUAUUGAGUGAAAGAAAAGGAAGUUGAAGAAAUUGAACAGUGGUUAAGUGAUUUGCCCAGCUUAAAUCACAGAAUUAGAUCUGCUGCUUAGCUAGGUAUUCUUUCUGUAUCACAUUAUGAUAAGGUGUGCUAGAAGAAACAGAAAACUUGGGUUCAAGUCCUGACUCUUGUACUUCCUACAUGUUACCAUAAACAAGUUAUUUACCUCCUUUGAACCUAAAUACUUCUUUUGUAAAAAUGGGAUAACAAAAAAUUAUAAUAUCUGCCUCCUAGGGAUGUAGUGAAGACUAAAUGAAAUGGUAUAUAACAGGGCAUAGUCCAGAGCACAGGACCUGUAAUAUAGUAAUGCUCAGGAAAUGUGAUUUCCACUCCUCCGCUACCCAGAUUUCAUGCCUUGUAUAAAAUCAGGUCCAUAGUAGGUGCUCAAUAAAUAUUAACUGACUGUGCUUACCUUUUAAAGUGUUGCCUUGCUUCUGGGAUCCCAGCCAUGUCCUCUUUCAGUAAGUAUAUCUUAACUCCUAAAACAUAAUUUUCAAUAUAUUCUAUCCAGUUCAACUGGCGCAUGUCAAAGUUGAAUACCUGAAAGGCAAGAAGAGAUUACGAUUACCAGAAUCAUUGGAUGGUCACUUUGUCAAACUUGAUAAGGUCUUCUUACAUAAAUGAGUGACAUUCAGUUUGAGAGACUCAGGUUUGGACCCUUCAAAAGAAGAGAUUAUUUGAGCCGUUAUUUUAAAAUGCACCAACAGUAUGGAUGACCAUGUAAACAGGAAUAUUUUAACAUGGACCAAGCAAAUUCACUUGACAUUUAGGAAGUCUUGUGAGGGAAAUGUAAAUGAACUGGUAUUACUUAGGUGGAGAAAGCUUAAGAAAUUACUUAGACUUGGGAGACUUCCUCAAAUAAGGAUUAAUUUUAAAACAAAUGAUGGAGUAAUGUGUUAGGGACAAAUAGGUUAUGCCUUUUUUCCCUGCCCUUAGCUCUUAAAUUUUGUUGUUCUCUUGGCCUACUCUCCUUUCUAACAUCACCACCUCACCAUACAUAUUAGGAUAACUUUUGAGAAGCAAAACAGAAUUUAUAUAUAAAAGGCACAGAGUGACUGGAGGUAAAAGAGAUCCAGGGAGGGGAGAAGGAGAAGCAGAUGACAGAGAGAUGAUUUAUUUGAGGAGGAAAACUGUUGUAACAUAGAGGAUAGAUACUGAAAGUGACAAUAAAGGGGAUUUUUUUUUUUUUUUGGCUGUGAUUAAGAAUGUGUUAUCCUUUGGUGUGUUAUUGAAAGGCCAGUGUAAAGAUUUUAAUUGCUUUCAAUAGAUUGUAUUUCUGCCAUAAUUUCUUUGGAAAUGAUGUGUGCUGACAUUGGAUCAUGAAGGAGCCUCACUUUAUAUGGGUUACAAAUGGAGAUAGGUUAGAGAGGCCUGAUAGUUCAUCUUUGAGUCACCCACGCAUCUUUUCAGAAUCUCUGUAGAGCUUAACUGAGGAAAGAGAAGGAGAAAAUGCACCUCAAAUGUAAUACGAAAAUGCUUUUGCUUGAAUAUAAAGAACCUGGGGCAAUAACAGUUGUUAAACACUGGAAAGAGUGUCAGCCAGAUAGUGGUAUCAUCUUGAAUAUACUCAGAAGGUGCUUCCUGGAAGAUUUGGGUAUGAUCCUGUUAAAAUAUAAAAAAAAAAAAAAAAUUGCA